UCGGAGGUCGAACUACGUCUUGUACUUCUGCAUGAGAGCCAGAGAGACCAACGAAACAUGGUGGUUCUCAAAAUUAGAGACCAGCCAGCCCUGCUGAAAGCCAUCUUCAACGUCGACCCAGAUGAAGUCCGCUCUCUCAUCUUUAGGAAGGAGGAUGUGAAUGUGCAGGACAAUGAAAAGAGAACUCCUCUACAUGCUGCUGCGUAUCUAGGCGAUGCUGAAAUCAUUGAGCUCCUGAUUUUGUCAGGAGCCCGAGUUAAUGCCAAAGACAAUAAAUGGCUGACACCCCUGCACCGUGCUGUGGCAUCCUGCAGUGAGGAGGCAGUGCAGGUGUUACUGAAGCAUUCUGCUGAUGUGAACGCUCGUGACAAGAACUGGCAGACUCCACUACAUGUCGCUGCUGCCAACAAAGCCGUGCGCUGUGCUGAAGCACUUGUCCCGUUACUUAGCAACGUGAACGUAUCAGACCGGGCCGGACGGACGGCCUUGCACCACGCAGCCUUCAGCGGACACCUGGAGAUGGUGAGGCUGUUGCUGUCUAGAGGAGCAAAUAUUAAUGCCUUUGAUAAGAAAGACAGAAGAGCCAUUCACUGGGCAGCUUACAUGGGCCAUAUUGAGGUGGUGAAGUUGCUGGUGUCUCACGGAGCAGAGGUCACGUGUAAAGAUAAAAAGUCUUAUACUCCACUCCACGCUGCAGCCUCCAGUGGGAUGAUCAGUGUAGUUAAAUAUCUAGUGGACCUCGGGGUGGAUAUAAAUGAACCCAAUGCGUAUGGGAACACUCCUCUCCAUGUGGCGUGUUAUAAUGGUCAGGAUGUGGUGGUAAAUGAGCUGAUUGAAUGUGGAGCAGAUGUGAAUCAGGUGAAUGAGAGAGGAUUCGCUCCGUUACACUUCACGGCUGCGUCGCGCCAUGGAGCACUCUGCCUGGAGCUGCUAGUGGGGAAUGGAGCUGACGUUAACAUCAAGAGUAAAGAUGGAAAAACGCCCUUGCACAUGACGGCGAUCCACGGCCGGUUCUCCAGAUCUCAGGCCAUCAUAGAGAACGGUGCUGAGAUUGACUGUGAAGAUAAGAAUGGAAACACACCUCUCCACAUUGCUGCACGUUACGGACAUGAGCUCUUGAUCAACACGCUAAUCACCAACGGAGCCGACACAGCUAAGAGGGGAGUUCAUGGUAUGUUCCCUCUGCACCUGGCUGCCCUCAGUGGAUUUUCUGACUGUUGUCGGAAACUGCUGUCAUCAGGCUUUGAUAUAGACACCCCAGACGACUUUGGUAGAACCUGUUUACAUGCUGCAGCGGCUGGCGGGAAUCUGGACUGUUUGAAUCUUCUUUUGAACACAGGGGCAGAUUUUAACAGAAAGGACAGCUUUGGGAGGACUCCCCUGCACUACGCGGCUGCUAACUGUAAUUAUCAGUGCCUGUUUGCGUUGGUGGGCUCAGGGUCCAGUGUUAAUGAACUGGACACAAGGGGCUGCACUCCCCUCCACUACGCCGCCUCUGCUGACACGGAUGGAAAGUGCCUGGAAUAUUUGCUGCGGAACGAUGCUAACCCAGGGAUUCGGGACAAUCAGGGCUAUAACGCGGUGCACUACGCCUCAGCGUUCGGACACAGACUGUGCCUGGAGCUGAUAGCAAGUGAAACGCCGUUAGACGUGUUAAUGGAGACCUCAGGGACAGACAUCCUAAACGACUCCGACGUUCGUGCUCCAGUCAGUCCACUCCACUUAGCCGCUUACCACGGCCAUCACCAGGCGCUGGAGGUUCUGGUUCAGUCUCUGUUGGAUUUGGAUGUGCGGACUUUGCAGGGUCGGACGCCGCUGGACCUCGCUGCCUUUAAAGGUCAUGUGGAAUGUGUGGACGUGCUUAUCAACCAGGGUGCUUCCAUCUUAGUGAAGGACUACACACUCAAACGCACUCCAAUUCAUGCUGCCGCCACUAACGGUCAUUCCGAAUGCCUUCGCCUGCUGAUCGGGAACGCAGACCUGCAGAGCGCUGUGGACAUUCAGGAUGGGAGUGGCCAGACUCCUCUGAUGCUGGCAGUGUUGGGCGGGCACACAGACUGUGUGUACUCCCUCCUCAAUAAAGGAGCCAAUGUAGGAGCCAAAGACAAAUGGGGCAGAACUGCUCUGCACAGAGGGGCAGUAACAGGCCAUGAGGAAUGUGUGGAGGCCCUGCUCCAGCAUGGUGCCUUGUAUAUGGUCCGUGACUGUAGGGGGCGCUCUCCUGUGCAUCUGGCUGCUGCCUGUGGUCACGUUGGGGUGUUGGGGGGGCUUCUACACGCCUCCCAGAACGAGGAGGCCACCCCAAUGAUCACUGACCACCAAGGAUACACCCCACUACACUGGGCCUGCUACAAUGGUCAUGAUACAUGUGUGGAGGUUCUGUUGGAGCAGGAGGUGUAUUGUAAGGCCCAGGGGAAUCCUUUCAGUCCCCUGCACUGUGCUGUGAUUAAUGAUAAUGAAGGAGCAGCAGAGAUGUUGAUAGACACUCUGGGUCCUGUUAUUGUCAAUGCUACAGACUCCAAAGAAAGGACCCCCCUGCAUGCUGCAGCGUUUACGGAUCACGUGGAAUGUUUACAGUUGUUACUGGGUCACAACGCCCAGGUGAACUGUCCAGACGCUGCAGGGAAAACUCCCCUAAUGAUGGCAGCAGAGAAUGGACAGACCAACGCUGUCGAGCUGUUGGUUAGCAGUGCCAGAGCAGACCUCACACUGCAGGAUUCCAGUAAGAACACAGCGCUUCACCUGGCCUGCAGCAAGGGACACGAGACCAGUGCCUUGUUCAUUUUGGAGAAGAUUACAGACAGGAAUCUCAUCAACUCAACUAAUGUCGCUUUACAAACACCUUUGCAUGUCGCUGCCAGGAAUGGUUUGACGGCUGUGGUUCAGGAGCUGCUGGCUAAGGGCGCUAGUGUGUUAGCUGUGGAUGAGAACGGUUACACGCCCGCUCUGGCCUGUGCCCCAAACAAGGAUGUGGCCGACUGCCUGGCACUCAUCCUGGCCAGCAUGAUGCCCGUGUCUGCGGGCACGGCCACGCCCGGCCUGACCUUCAGUACCAUAAACCACUACUCCAGCCCCUCAAAGAGCGUGACCUUUGACUCUCUGCCUGUCCUCCGCACCCAGCACAGCUCCUACUGCAGCUUCAACAGCAUGGGCCCACACCACGCCUUCUACAAGGACGACGAACUCAACGACUCCGACUCGGAAACAUACUGAUGACACACACACACACCCUAAGACACACACACUCCUUGUCUUAAUCACCACAGGCAGUCCGGCCCUCGUGCCUGGCUACUCUAGAGCCUUAAGAUCUUUCCCUCCCCUC